AUGCACACUCUUGCAAAAGUGGCCAUGCUGGCCCUGCCACUUGCUUCAGCUAUUCCACAUGGUGAUAUCUCCUCCAGAAGCCUCAUCAGCGAUCUCGCAAAACUCGUCAACCUCACCAACAUUCUACCGAUACCUAUUGAUAGUGAAGAUCGGCUCCAGACUGCCUUGACCAACAUUCGACAACAGAAUUUCCAGAAUGAGGUGCUAGAAACCACAUUUGCUGCGCUGCUUGCAGAUGUCGUGGCAAAUGUCGCUCCUCAAGAUGUACAAGGCGCAUUGACACCAAUUGCCACUACCCUGGGCAACGGUGCUAUUGGCAGCAGCACAAUUGAGAAUAUUGCUGAAGCCAUACUCAAUGGCCUGGCUGUUACAGAUCUCACACAGAACGUGCUAGCUGGCUAUCUGAGUAGUGGCAAUUCCUUCAGCAAUGUCAACCCCGCGCCACCAACUACCAUCUACCCUCGAAAGUCGCCGCAGGAUGCACCUUAUACCGUUCCGGAAGCUCAACUCCGUGCCGCAGUCUACAUUCCUCCAGGGUUCACCUACGGAGCUAAGCAACCAAUUUGUUUUGUCCCUGGCACUGGCGCUUUUGGGUAUGUGAAUUUCAUCUCGAAUCUUGGCAAGCUAUUCGGCAACACCUACGAUCCAGUCUACCUAAAUGUCCCUGGAGCCAUGUACGAUGACACACAAAUCAAUUCGCAGUAUAUCGCAUAUAUGCUCAACUACAUUAGCUCGAUCACAAAGCGGAAUGACGUCGCUGAAAUUGCUUGGUCUCAAGGCAACCUCGAUACCCAAUGGGUUUUCCAAUACUGGCCUUCAACUCGGUCAGUUGUUACGGAUUUCAUCAGUGCUUCAGCCGACUUCCACGGCACAACUUUAGCAUACUUUCUCGAUCCAGCACUAGUCAACCCACCUUUGCCGCCUAGCGUCAUUCAGCAAGAGUACGAUAGUAAUUUUGUUCUUACGCUACGCCGUGGUGGUGGUGGCAGUCCUUAUGUGAAUAGCACAAGCGUUCACAGCAUCUCCGACCAAAUCGUACAACCUCAGUACAGUCCUUACGCAUCUGCGGAUUACUUCACUCUUGAUUUGCCAGGAACUCCAAACACAAAUCCUACCUGCCCUGUCUCACGCAAUGUACCCUACACAAAUACCGAGAUCCAGACCGCUUGUGCCGGUCGACCUGCUGGCGGCGUAUAUACACACGAAGGUGUACUGUACAAUCCUUUAAUGUAUGCGUUAGCAUUAGAUGCGCUACAGAACGAUGGACCUGGACGACUUGACCGGAUUGACCUUAAUACUGUCUGUCAGCAACUUAUUGCUCCAGGUCUGACUUUGGCUGAUGUGCAAGCAACCGAGGGUCUCAUUCCACUGGCCGCAGUCAAUCUACUUCUCUAUCCUCGAAAAGUCACGAAUGAGCCAGCUGUCAUGCAGUAUGCGGUCCAGGCCAACUCUGCAUGUAGUGCUAGCUCAACAAGCAGCAGCAGAACGUCGACGUCCUCAAGCACUACACGUUCAGCAACGGGCAUGACCUCUACCACUUGA